AUGCCGGGCCUCGCGUCGCUCAUUGGCAUCUUCGGCAUUAUCGCCGCCAGUGCUGGCAAAGUACUGUACGGCAGGUAUAUAUGGGAUCCAGUUGAGCUGGCUGCACAGUGGGAUGGGCCAGCUGGACGCUGCGGCGCCUUUUUCAUGGGCCUAUGCUGGAUCGUGGGCCAGAUCGGAACCAACAUCUCAGCCAACGUCAUCUCUUGUUCAAAUGACAUGGUAAGCAUCUGGGCUACGACGUUGUUUCCGAAAUACAUCAACCUCCGUCGCGGCGCCAUCAUCACGACUCUCAUAGGAGGCUGGGUCAUGGUGCCUUGGAAGAUUAUAUCCUCGGCUGCCUCCCUGCUGACGUUCAUGGCCUCGCUAGCCAUUUUCCUGGCACCCAUCUCGGCGAUUAUCGGUGCCGACUAUUGGAUCGUGAAGCAACGACAUAUUGACGUUCCGUCAUUAUAUCGGCGCCGGGGCGUCUACCGAUACAGAGGGGGCGUCAACUGGCGUGCAGCUGUGGCUUCCCUCAUCUCUGUCGGCCCGAACCUGCCAGGAAUGGUACACGCCGUGACGCCCAGCAUUCCCGUUGGUGACGUCGUCCACAUCUACGACAUAAGCUUCAUGUGGGGGUUCACCAGCGCCUUCGUCGUCUACUGCGUACUCAACUACUUCUGGCCAGCGACUGACACCCUCUUUGAGGCGACCAUACACGAAGAGACGAAAAUCGUGGACGGAAUUGAGUACUAUAAUGACGGAUUGGCCACGCCGAUAGAGGUGGACUGCGUGAUUAAAUCCGACGAGAAAGGCAUCUCGUCUGCAGCGACCUCUGUUUAG